AUGGACAUCAAAGGACAGUUUUGGAAUGAUGAUGAUUCGGAGGGAGAUAAUGAAUCAGAGGAAUUUCUCUAUGGAGUUCAGGGGAGCUGUGCAGCUGACCUAUAUCGACACCCACAGCUUGAUGCAGACAUUGAAGCUGUGAAGGAGGUCUACAGUGAGAACUCUGUAUCUGUCAGAGAAUAUGGAACCAUCGAUGACGUGGACAUUGACCUCCAUAUCAACAUUAGCUUCCUUGAUGAGGAAGUUUCUACAGCCUGGAAGGUCCUCCGGACAGAACCUAUUGUGUUGAGGCUACGAUUUUCUCUUUCUCAGUACCUUGAUGGACCAGAACCAUCAAUUGAAGUUUUCCAGCCAUCAAAUAAGGAAGGAUUUGGCCUGGGUCUUCAAUUGAAAAAGAUCCUGGGUAUGUUCACAUCCCAACAAUGGAAACAUCUCAGCAACGAUUUCUUGAAGACCCAACAGGAGAAGAGGCACAGUUGGUUCAAGGCAUCUGGUACCAUCAAGAAGUUCCGAGCUGGCCUCAGCAUCUUGUCACCCAUCCCCAAGUCUCCCAGUUUCCCUAUUAUACAGGACUCCAUGCUGAAAGGCAAACUUGCUGUACCAGAGCUUCGGGUUGGGCGUCUCAUGAACCGUUCCAUCUCCUGUACCAUGAAGAACCCCAAAGUGGAAGUGUUUGGCUACUCUCCCAGCCCCCAGGUCAGUGGUCACUGCAAGAACAUCCCCACUCUGGAAUAUGGAUUCCUUGUCCAGAUCAUGAAGUAUGCAGAGCAGAGAAUUCCAACAUUGAAUGAGUAUUGUGUGGUGUGUGAUGAGCAGCAUGUCUUCCAGAAUGGGUCCAUGCUCAAGCCAGCCGUCUGUACUCGUGAACUGUGUGUUUUCUCCUUCUACACACUGGGAGUCAUGUCUGGAGCUGCAGAGGAGGUGGCCACUGGAGCAGAGGUGGUGGAUCUGCUGGUGGCCAUGUGUAGGGCAGCUUUGGAGUCCCCUAGAAAAAGCAUCAUCUUUGAGCCUUAUCCCUCUGUUGUGGACCCUACUGAUCCCAAAACUUUGGCCUUUAACCCUAAGAAGAAGAAUUAUGAACGACUUCAGAAAGCUCUGGAUAGUGUGAUGUCCAUCCGGGAGAUGACCCAGGGAUCAUACCUAGAAAUCAAGAAGCAGAUGGACAAGCUGGAUCCCCUGGCCCAUCCUCUCCUGCAGUGGAUCAUCUCUAGUAACAGGUCACACAUUGUCAAACUACCUCUCAGCAGGCUGAAGUUCAUGCACACCUCACAUCAGUUCCUCCUGCUGAGCAGCCCUCCUGCCAAGGAGGCACGGUUCCGGACUGCUAAGAAGCUCUAUGGCAGCACUUUUGCCUUCCAUGGGUCCCACAUUGAGAACUGGCAUUCAAUCCUGCGCAAUGGGCUGGUGAAUGCAUCCUACACCAAACUGCAGGAAUGGGAAAAGGACAGCACAGGAUGCCUUCCAAAGAUGAGCUGGUCCAGAGAUAUAACAGGAUGA